GUAAUGAUUAUUUUGAGUGUACAAAUCAAAAUGACCAACACGGAAAAACCCUCCACGACGGUCGAGAAAUCCUCCUCAGAUCGGUUACAGCUUAUCUUGGCAUGCUCUCUCUUCAUGCUAAUUUGCCUUUUAAUGUGUCACCUUACCUGGGAGGUGACCGACCCAGGUGGAAAUCUGAACGUGACCUUUGCCACCCUGCGGGCCGAAGGGUUACAAAAACAGGCCCACUUUCUCCAAAGCAACGUCGUCACUCCAUUCGUAAACAGUGACCUUUACACCCUUUCUGACCAGUUGGAGGAAAAAGUGCCGAAAUUCGUCCCUUUUCGAGGGAACAUGGGGAAAGUUACCCGGGUCGUGUGGGCGGUUCGGAAUGAAAUUCAGGCUCAAACUGGGCGCAGAACGAGAUACGUUGUGGCAGAGAAACCACCCCGCUAUAAAAGGGAUUAUUAUCCAGGGGAUGAUUUUUAUGUGAGGGGCAUUUUUAAACUGGCGGAAAAGAAGAGGCCUGUCAUUAUCUUUUUGGAUUGUGACCGCGUCCCCAAAAACAUAAUCGAUCUCUUCAUCCUUCACCUGGGGAAAGCCACCCCUGGCGAAUACCUCGUGCUGGCCACAUCUGAUAAAAAUUGGACCGUUCCCCCCGGUCUGGGGGGACCGCCCGGUUUAUCAAAACCACUCCACAUCCCAACCCUGCCCACAAUUAAGGAGAGGCGGAAACUGAUCGAGGCCUGCAGCUCCGCCUGGCCCGAGCAACCCGGCGAGGAAAUCUUGUACGUCAUGGCGAACCGGACGGCGGCCUUGUUGCAUCGAGAGAAGAGUGUGGAGCAGGAGGUUGGAACCCUGUGCAAACUCGCGUUUCGAAAUGGGCUAGAAUUACAUGAAAAAGGUCGACGUGGUGGUGAGAAGAAAAUUGAUGGGGGAGAGAUUUCCGUCUCCCUGAAAAAUUGGGAGGAUGCGCUAGCCUCGAUAAUUUCGAAGGAGCAGAGCUCGGCGGAUAGCGGGUGAAAAGUUCCAAAUAACCGGAUAUGUAUCCAUAUCGGGGCAAUAAUCUUGCCCUCCAACCUCCACUAUUCAAUUUCCAUCAUAAAAUCUCGCCCUCCAACCUCCAAACCUCCAAUAUCCAGGAUUUCCGCCGAGCUUUGCUCCUUUGAAAGGAGUAAUAUGUACCAUUUGGGGGUGGAUAAUAUUAGUCAGAGAUCAUUAUUAAAUUAAGUGUAAAUUAAUAUGCACUCAAUCUUGAGUUAAUUUAAGGUAGUGGCGCAAUGAGGAAGCUCACUAAAUAUGAAAAGAUUAGUUAUGUUAAUACAUCUAUUUUCUUUGUAGCUUAUUCCGUACAUAUGAAAGUGGUUUGGCGAAAAUUGACCCUAUUUUCUGUAUAAAAUUGUGUGCAGGAUUUGUCAAAUUUAUGGAUGUUUUUGCAGAAGAGUUUUGCACAGUAACUUGUCAUGACCAACAAUGCAAGUCUUUUACGUGUACAACUCAGAUCUGGUUGGGACCAAUUUUAUUUUGUUCACCACAAAAAAUACGCAUGCCCAUAUUUUUUCAUUUUUCAUAAUGCACUAAUUUAAGCGCGUGGCGCGGAUUUUAAAACAUUUUUCAGCCGAAACCUCGCUUUUUAAAAAUACCCUAAAUUUUCGAACUUUAGCGCGAACCCAAAAAUUCAAAAACAUGUCUCUUCAGAAUGACUUACUUGACUUAUA